AGUUCCCACGGUCGCGAUGGAGGCAAUGGCUGUGGUGAUCCGAGGGCUGCGAUUUUGGCGGGCCGUCGCCAGUGGCGGGGCCGGCUGCAGGUUUAUAGCAACAUCACCAGCUUCUCAGCUGUCACCGACCGAGUUGAUAGAAAUGCGGAAUGAGCUCUUUAAUAAAGAGAAAAGCAGGCAGUUGUCAUUAACUCCUCGAACUGAGAAGAUUGAAGUUAAACAUAUUGGGAAAACUGACCCCGGCACUGUCUUUGUGAUGAAUAAAAACAUUUCAACUCCUUAUAGUUGUGCUAUGCAUUUAAGUGAGUGGUACUGCAGGAAGUCCAUUCUGGCUCUUGUGGACGGACAGCCUUGGGACAUGUAUAAGCCUUUGACCAAGUCCUGUGAAAUUAAAUUUCUUACUUUCAAAGAUCGUGAUCCAGGGGAAGUGAAUAAGGCUUACUGGCGUUCUUGUGCCAUGAUGAUGGGUUGUGUAAUAGAGAGGGCGUUCAAAGAUGAAUAUGUGGUCAGUUUGGUCAGAGCUCCAGAAGUGCCUGUAAUUGCCGGAGCCUUCUGCUAUGAUGUAGUUUUGGAUAAGAGACUUGAUGAGUGGAUGCCAACAAAAGAGAACCUGUGUACCUUCACAAAAGAUGCUCAUGCUUUAAUUUAUAAAGAUCUUCCAUUUGAAACUCUGGAAGUUGAUGCAAAAGUGGCAUUAGAAAUAUUUCAGCACAACAAGUACAAAAUAGAUUUCAUAGAAGAGAAGUCAUCCCAGAACCCUGAGAGAAUAGUCAAGCUGCACAGAUUUGGUGACUUCAUAGAUGUGAGUGAGGGUCCUCUUAUUCCAAGAACAAGUGUUUGUUUCCAAUAUGAAGUGUCAGCAGUUCACAAUCUUCAGAACACCCAGCCAAGUCUUGUGCGAAGAUUCCAAGGUCUGUCUUUACCUCUUCACUUAAAGGCACACUUUACAAUAUGGGAAAAGCUAUUGGACAGAUCUCGGAAAAUGGAUCAAAAAUGAAGAUGGCUGCAAAAAUGCUGCUCCAAAGACCUGCCUUCCUAAAACUUCAUCUGUCCUAGUGGUCCCCUUUCCUUCUACUUAUCUUACCAUUGCAACCAUUACCUUUGGGUGAGAGAACCAAGGUGGCAGGUGACAUCUCAGGUAGGCUGUUUUUGAAAUGCAAAUAAGUCAUUUGGAGAAGGAGGAAAAGGGUGGGUUGACACCCCUCCUAUGGGCACCUUAACUUAGACGUGUUUAUUAGGUUAGUUAGCUAGUCAUUGAAAACAGAGAUCAAGGACUGAGGAAGGUGGUUCCAGGGUAGGUAAACUUUAAUGGGGAUGAAGAAUGGGAGAGAACACAAGUGAUUUAGAGGAAAGGUGAGAAGGAUAUGCCCAAAAUAGUUCUAGAGCUCAUUCUUUUCAUGUUCACCACAAAAAAGCCACAAUUAUAAGUAUUUAAAAGAGCAUCACCUGAGUUUUAGUUCAGUUCUGUUUCAAACUCUCUACAUGCCAUACAAGCUCAUAUUAAGUGUUUAAUUUCUCAGUUAUUCUUCAUAAAGAUCUUCAAUAUUCUCUGACAAAAAAACAUUUAAGUGAAUGGUUUUCUAAAGUGUGUUUAUUCGUGCAAAGUUUCUUUAUCACGUUUUCUUUAGAAUACGAUUAUUCUGUGUUACAUCACAGCAACUGAUUUUAAAGAUAAGUCAAUCUGUGUGUUGUCAGGAAGUGGGGCAAAGAGUUUUAUAUUUCCUCUCGAAUUCACAUGAGUUCCAUCAUUUAAAAGGAAUGAUGUGACCUUCCUGCUACCAAUUGAGACCAUAAUCCACUGGGGUAUUGAAAACACACAAGUGCGAUAUAUAAAAGUAAAAUGGCUUGUUCUGAAGAAAUAACCCAUAGCCUGAACUGUCAGCAAAUGAUGAGAUUGCUUUUCUUAUCAACUUUACAUUUAAGAAAAAUUCCCUGUGUGAGUCAUGGCUGGCAACCACCUCCCCCCCCAAACAGCACAUGAUAAACUCACUUUGUCAUAGUAUUUUAUUUCCUUAAAAAUCUAAGAUCUCUUGAUAUUUCUAAAUUAAUAGCUUUUUAUUGAAAAGAUCAGUUUACAUGACACAGCUUUAAUACAACAUACCUUUCUGUAUUUUGAGAAUUUAGAAAAUGAGGGUUUUAAAGAUAUAAGCCAAUAAUAACAUUAACACAUGAAACUAAAAGUGGGAUAUACUUUCAAAUGGUCUCAGAAGAAAACAGAUAUGGAUAUCACAGAAUCACUCUGGAAACAUUAUUAUUUUGAGGGAUGAUUAAAUUGCGAAUGCACAAAAAGGAUGGGAUAUUGUCCUUAAAGGAUUAUUCUACUUUACUCAAUUUCAAAACAAGGAAAUAUUUUCCUGAAACACCGUGUGGAAUUUAUUUACAAACUAAAUAACCAUCCCAAUAGUUCUAUUAUGGAUAGCGAUUACUACCUUCACUUUUCAGGUAAGGAUGUGGGGGGUGGGGGGAACAGAGCCAGCCUGAGUCUAGCUCCCUCCCCUGGAUCAGGGGAUUGCAAAGGAGGGACUCCCUCACAGGAGCUCAGCUUCAGGCUUGACACUGGUAAAAUGUUAUAAAAUGAAUAUAAACAAAAACAAGGGGUGGGAGUGAGAGAACUCCAAGGAAUGAUGCAGUAUAUUGCCUUACAUUAUGGCCAUAACUUCUUCCAUCUUUAUAAAAAAAUGUCUUCCUAAUAACUUUUAACUUUC